AUGCAAUUAACCCAGGAAGAGGACUUUAUCACGGGGGACUCAACGCCGACCACCGCAGCUCUCCAGUCCGACGGCAGCGCCGGAUCUCCGGCCAACAUGUGCAGUGAGUGUUACGUGAACCAGUCAUUCGUGAACGAUGAUGGGACCGUGAACGUCAACCACAAACCACGCUCCUCUCGAGCUCCACUCCAGACCAACGUCAACAGCAGCGGGGUUAUCUUAGACAUCUCCAGCCUGAAGAUGGAGCAGCAAGAGAGCGAGGUACCUCCUCUGCCGCCCCGCUUCCGCUUCAGAGAUCUGCUGCUGGGAGACCAGAACUUCCAGAACGAUGACAGGGUACAGGUAGAAUUUUAUGUGAAUGAGAACACAUUUAAGGAACGACUGAAGCUUUUCUUCAUCAAAAACCAAAGAUCAAGUCUAAGGAUCCGUGUGUUCAACUUCUCCUUGAAGCUGCUCACCUGUCUGCUGUACAUCAUCAGGGUGGUGACCGACACCCCCACCCACAUCGCAGGGCCGCAAAACGCUCCUAGUGGAAAAUGUUUCGACAACCAGUGGAACGGAUCGGUGCAGGACAGAGAAAUAAACUGGGAGCUGAUCUUCUGGGUGGAUAGAAAGCUUCCUGUCUGGGCCAUUCAAGUGAUUGUGGCCAUUAUUAGUUUCCUGGAGACAAUGCUGCUGAUGUAUCUCAGCUACAAGGGAAACAUUUGGGAGCAGAUUUUCCAGGUGUCUUUUCUUCUGGAGAUGAUCAACACAGUUCCCUUCAUCAUAACGAUCUUCUGGCCCUCUAUAAGGAACAUUUUCAUCCCUGUAUUUCUCAACUGCUGGCUGGCCAAGUGUGCUCUGGAGAACAUGAUCAAUGACGUUCACAGAGCGAUUCAGAGGACAAACUCUGCCAUGUUCAACCAGGUCCUCAUUCUCAUCUGCACCCUUCUCUGCCUCGUCUUCACAGGCACAUGUGGAAUCCAGCACCUGGAGCGGGCAGGUAAACACCUCUCCCUCUUCAACUCCUUCUACUUCUGCAUCGUCACUUUCUCCACCGUGGGCUUUGGAGAUGUCACCCCUCGCAUAUGGCCGUCCCAGCUUCUGGUGGUAAUCAUGAUCUGCGUGGCUCUGGUGGUGCUACCUCUGCAGUUUGAGGAGCUGAUCUACCUGUGGAUGGAGAGACAGAAGUCUGGAGGGAAUUACAGCCGCCACAGAGCUCAGACAGAGAAGCAUGUCGUGCUAUGUGUCAGCGCGCUAAAGAUAGACCUGCUUAUGGAUUUUCUCAAUGAAUUCUACGCCCAUCCAAGACUGCAGGAUUACUAUGUGGUGAUCCUGUGCCCAACUGAGAUGGACCUCCAGGUGAGGAGAGUCCUGCAGAUACCACUGUGGUCCCAAAGGGUCAUAUAUCUACAGGGAUCUGUUCUCAAAGACCAGGACCUGCUGAGAGCCAAAAUGGAUGACGCAGAAGCUUGUUUUAUUCUAAGCAGUCGUAAUGAAGUGGAUCGCAUGGCUGCUGACCAUCAGACCAUCCUCAGAGCCUGGGCAGUGAAGGACUUUGCUCCAAAUUGUCCACUUUAUGUUCAGAUCCUCAAACCUGAAAACAAGUUCCAUGUUAAAUUUGCAGAUCACGUUGUGUGUGAGGAGGAGUUCAAGUACGCAAUGUUGGCUCUCAACUGUGUGUGUCCUGCCACCUCCACCUUGGUCACUCUUCUUGUACACACCUCCCGUGGACGAGAAGGACAACAGUCUCCGGAGCAGUGGCAGAGGCAGUACGGAUGUUGCUCUGGUAACGAGGUCUACCACAUCCGAGUGUGUGACAGCAAGUUCUUUGGAGAGUAUAAUGGCAAAAGCUUCACCUACGCCUCCUUUCAUGCUCACAAGAAGUACGGCGUCUGUCUCAUUGGUAUAAAGAGGGAGGAAAACAAGAGCAUUCUCCUGAAUCCUGGCCCACGCCACAUCAUGGCUGCCACUGACACCUGCUACUACAUCAACAUCACCAAGGAGGAGAACUCCGCCUUCAUCUUCAACCAGGAGGAGAGGAAGGGUCGCCCUACAGGGGGGCUCUUUGAGGGGCCCUCACAGCUCCCUGUUCACAGCAUCCUCGCUAGCAUGGGCACUGUGGCCAUCGAUCUUCAGAAUACCAGCCCACCAGACCCCUCAUGUGGUAAACUAGUCCCUCCCACAGUUAAUGGAACCGGGGGCCGCCGGCCGAGCAUCGCUCCAGUGCAGGAGAUUGCUGACUCCUCCUCAAUUCUGCCAUGUGACCUCCUGGGUGACCAAUCAGAAGAUGAUUCUGUGUUCACGGAUGAGAAAGGACACUCAUCUACAGAGUACGUGAAAGGCUAUCCCCCUAACUCUCCGUACAUUGGGAGCUCGCCCACCCUGUGCCAUCUGUUGGCUGAAAAAGCCCCUUUUUGCUGCCUACGACUGGACCAGGGCUGCAGGCACAACAGUUUCGAGGAUGCCAAGGCGUAUGGUUUUAAAAACAAGCUCAUCAUUGUGUCAGCUGAGACCGCAGGGAACGGUCUUUAUAACUUUAUCGUGCCUCUCAGAGCUUAUUACAGACCCCGGAAAGAACUCAACCCCAUUGUUUUGCUGCUGGAUAACCCGCCAGAUAAUCACUUUUUAGAGGCCAUCUGCUGUUUUCCAAUGGUCUACUACAUGGCUGGUGCCAUAGACAAUCUGGACAGCCUGCUGCAGUGUGGCAUUAUCUACGCUGAUAAUUUAGUUGUUGUGGAUAAAGAGAGUACAAUGAGUGCUGAGGAGGACUACAUGGCAGAUGCCAAAACUAUUGUGAAUGUACAGACGAUGUUCAGGUUGUUUCCCAGCCUCAGUAUCAUCACUGAGCUUACUCAUCCAUCCAACAUGAGGUUCAUGCAGUUCAGAGCAAAGGACUGCUAUUCACUGGCCCUCUCCAAGCUGGAGAAGAAAGAGCGUGAUAAAGGCUCCAACUUGGCUUUCAUGUUUCGCCUACCCUUCGCAGCAGGCAGAGUGUUCAGCAUUAGCAUGUUAGACACCCUGCUGUAUCAGUCUUUUGUGAAGGACUACAUGAUCCUUAUUGCACGGCUUCUGCUGGGGCUGGACACCACUCCAGGAUCAGGAUAUCUCUGUGUAAUGAAAGUAACCGAGGAGGAUCUGUGGAUCAGCACUUAUGGCAGACUUUUCCAGAAACUCUGCUCCACUAGUGCUGAAAUUCCAAUCGGGAUCUAUCGCACAGAAUCACACAUUUUCUCAACUUCUGAGUCGCAGGUUUCGAUGAGCGUAGACGACUGCGAGGACACCAAGGAGAGGGGGGAGGAGUCUCGCAGCAAUGACCAAUCAGAUCACCCCCUGCUGAGGAAAAAGAGCAUGCAGUGGGCACGACGUCUGAGUAAGAAAAGCGUGAGGUGGCAGGGAUCGAGCCGGGACUCGAGCCGGGACCACGCCCAGAGAAUCGCUCAGCAGCGCCUCAACCUGUACCGACGCUCUGAGAGGGAGGAGCUGUCUGAACUUGUACGCAACCGAAUGAGACACCUGGGCCUCCCAACCUCUGGAUAUGACCUAACCAAUCUGACGGCCUGUGAUGUCAUGAACAGAGUCAACCUGGGAUACCUACAAGAUGAGCAGAACGACCACCAGAACACACUGUCCUACGUUCUGAUUAACCCUUCUCCUGACACCAGACUGGAGCUCAAUGACAUUGUAUACCUGAUCCGUUCAGACCCUCUGGCUCACGUCCCAGAGGUGCCCCCGGUCCACCACAGCAGCCUGAAAGAAAGACACGAGUCCAGCAUAGACACCAGGGAGGACACUCAGCUCUGAUACCGUCCUGACCUUCUCUGGUACACUCCUUCAUAAUCACCUCUCUGCUUUCAGAGGGGCUCUGGUUGCUUUCACGCAGGUUUGGUCUGAAAGAGGACGAUUUGUGCCCCGGUGUUCCAGCACUGCCGGCUACAGCUGUAUUUAUACGAGUGCCUACUGUUUGCCAGGUGACAUCUGAUGUCACCUGUGGCAUUUUGAUCCUCUUGCCUCAGACUGUAUGUAAGAAAAGUGAAUUCAUGUCUGUGAAAGCUUUAUUAGACAAGUCUGUUAACUAAUGGUUUAAAUUUAAUUCAGGUGUAUCACGCCUUAGGAGAAGUUCAUCUGACUCAUCAACGGGAAGAAAAAGGAUUGUAUGACCAGGAUGGUUUUCAUGAAUUUCUUAAUGAUUGUGUGUUUUGGUCAGCUCCCUUGUGGUUCUCAUGGUGGCUCCCUCAGGAAAAGUCUAAGUUGAACACUGAGACCAGGUAUUUAAGGAUGUAGAGGUCAUUGGUACUGAAUUUAUUAAUCUUUUCUCUACUUUAUCAGCAAUCAAAGUCACAAAGCUUUUAGGGCCUGUGUCCACUAAACACUUUUUGCACAACUAGCAUGUAUUUUCUAGAGAAAAUCAAUGCAUUUCAGUUGUUUUUGUUGUUGCACUCACAGAAGUGUUGCUUGAAAGUUGUACAACUACUGCAACACUGGCCCACGUCACCAACCAAUCAAAAUUUAGAUUUCUCACACCAACUUCACUGACAGCUGCAGCCUUGUCCCAACAUCUGUACUUCCCUGAGGUCUUCCUCAAAGUGCACAUUUGUUAAAGUGCACCUACAGCCGUCCCAGACUUGCAUAACAGCUGCAUCACAGCUUGAUUUCAUUUGCCGUAUAUGUUGGCAAGUCAGGGCUUUCAGACGGCCUGCAUGAGCACAGCAUCUCAUAUGGUUAGAAUCUGGACAAUAGAGUGCUUACCUAUAUUUACCACUAGCCUGGUGCAUCUCUCUGCCAAAAUAGACAGAAAAAUUAUAAAUAGACAGCCAUAUUUACCUCAUUUUAGCAGAUAUGUACUGUGCUUAACAAAUUUAUUAGACC